AUGGCCGAAUCGUCUUCARUUGAACUCAUCGAGUUUGUACGACCUUGUGGGAACGCAAAUAACCUAUACAUUACCAAUAUAAGUAAAGAUCUUAGUGAAGAAGAAGCUCAGUGUAAACUUUAUAAGAUAUUUUCAAAGUUUGGCUUGCUGUAUGAAGUWCAAGUUUUUGAUUCCAAGGACCAAACAGCAGAGGACAAGCAGACAACUAACGAUCCCCGCAGUAGUCUGUAUGCUUUUGUCAAGUAUUAUUCAGUCAAAGCCGCAGCCAAAGCUCUUCGAGAAACAAAUACCAAAUACUUGAUUGGUGGUCAGUACCUUAAGGUACAGUAUGCAAAUCGCAAGAAAUGCCUUGAAAAGCCAACUCCAUUGUAUAUGGCAAGAAGUGUUGAGUUAGCAAAUUAUUACCUUGGGUUUAAUGGCUGGUCAACCAGCAUUACAAAAUUGGAAAAGAUUGACAACCAGAUACACCUGAGCAAAGCCAGUGAAAAUGCUAUGUUUCRAUGUAUUGUUAAACUAGAGGUYAAGUCUCAUGAUUGCUAUUGYGAGGGAACUGGAUAUGGUGGAGAUCAAACCAUAUUUCGUCAAGAAAAAGAUCCAUUGAAGAAGCUAGAGCUUAUUGCCAUUGCUAAAAAGAUAGCACACAGACAUGCUUUCGAGAAUGCAUUCCAGCGAGUCAUUAUAAUUUUAUUGGACAAUGGMAAAGUUGCAGUUGAAAUAAACCAAGCAGAUUUUGCAGAAAACGAGUUAAAYARCAUGUCAGAAGAUGGAAUUAUAAAAGUGAAUUACAGAGAUGCAACAUUAAGUGAUGAGGAAAUUGAAGAUGAUGAUAUCCUUGAAGCUCUGAAUGCUAUAAGUUGAUAAUGUUAAAGACCAAGUACUCAUAAAACUGGACAAAACCUGGACAGACGCAGGUAAGCUACUCUACUCCGUGUACAAGGUAAAAGUAUCACAGCAUUUUGGGUAUGGCAAAACGACAUUGCUACCAGUCUUAGCCCCAGUACAUGCAAUGUGAAGAGGGUUUGCCAGGACCAAUCAUGUGCUACACCGAAUGCACUGAGGGAUAUUGUGGACAUUACUGAACACAUGAAAUAUCAGGGUCAGUAAAGAGUAUCAAAAUGAAAAAUUGUAUUUUCAAGAAGCAUCAAAAUCAUGCUAGAUAAUUGUACAUUCUUACCUCAAAACUUCAGCCAAACAGAAUAAUUCAGACGUCGCUAGCUCUUUGUGAUAGAGAUCCAUCUCUUUCAAGGACUUUUUCAAAGUUUUCAAAUUUUCAAAGAGUUUGAAGUGCCCUUGAAAACGAGUUUUCAAUUCAAGCACUUUUCAAGGAUUUUUUAAAAGGACCUGCACGGACAGUGACCCUGUGGGAUUAGCUUCUAGAGAAAACAAAAGAACUCCACCAUGUUYUGUCACGAACAAUAUCCUACAYGUACAAUGCAUUGCGUAUUAUUAAGUACACGGUACCAGACAUCAUCUACAUUCAUGUCAAGGGAGAUUGUUCAAGCUYGAGACUUGGUCACCAAAUUUUKCCCAACUCCAUCACUACAAACUUGAACAGUUCAUAACCCUUCACAUUUCUUGGAUAAAACAUUGCAAUCUGAACUCGAGUGACAAGUGUAGCAAAUGACGAGAGAUGUCACACRUUGUUGGACAUUUUUGUAUCUGACAUGCUACAUAUCAAAAUCUUCAAAAACCUGUAGCAAAAAUUUAAACUCUUUAGUACAUGUAAUACAAAAAUUCACCAUCAUUUCUACACAUUUGGUAAAUUAGAGUAAGUAACAAGCCAAAGAAGUAGGUUUUAUUUCACAAUGUAAUUACAUGAAGUACUGGAUGAGUAUAGAUUUAUUGGUUGUUCUUUUUUUUUCAAAUCGUGGAAUAAAUCAUAGAAAAAUAUUACAAAUGACACAAUUGUUAGACUGAUUCCACAAGUCGUUGUAUUUGCUCCUCGAUUUUUCCCCGUCUGGGAGCAAAAAAAAAAAGGGCGACCUGACAGACUGGUGGAAUCAGUCUAACACAAUUGUGCAAUAUUUACUGUACAUUGUAGAACAUCUUUUUUGUUGUCAUCGAAGGGAUUUUUAAACUAUGCAAGUUUUUAAAACAUGUUAACUUGAACAGUGGAUUUCAAAAUAAAAUAUCUAA